UUUAUAUUUUAUUAAAUAAUGACUUACCCUGAUAGAAAUAGAACAAAGAAAUUAGAUUUUGUAGACACUCAAAAGCUUUCUUCUACGUUUGUUCUUUUAUGGUACAAGGAUUGUGAAAAAGAUGAGCGGCAUACCUCUCCCAUAUCACUUUCAAAUACACUUUUUAAGCAUUAUUCAUCCGUUGAAUGCCUUGAAUUUCAAGUGAAAAAUGUAGUGCAUGUUUCUAUUGCAAAUAUACAACACGCAGCUGUCAUCAUCUAUAAGGGGUCUAUUACCCAAUGCUGUAAAUUUGAAACAUUGCUAGAUAACUUCAUGGACGAUUUUGGUGAUGAAAAUCCUAGCACUGAUGAAGUAAGCAAGUUUGCCCUCAAUUAUAUUGAAGGCAAUACUGACGGAAAAAGAAAACAUUCUGAUGGAGACCAAUCCUCAGAUUCAGAGAAUAUUGCACCGGUCUCAGAACAUACAGGCCUAAACGGACCUAAAUAUAAAUCGACUCCUAAAUCAAAGGUGCUGAAAAAAAACAUGUAAAUGAAGUGUUGAAUGAAAAUUCAGAAUCAGAGUCCUUUGCAUCAUUUUAUAACAGUCAAAAAGCAUCUAAAAAAAGUGAAGCACAGAUUAUGGCUUUGGAAAAGCGGAAGCUUGACAUGCUACUUGACAAUGUUGAUGCUCCCAGAGCAUUGAUGCUUCCAAUAAUUAGUGAUGUUCCUAAAACAAAACACUGUGGUUCACCGAAGUUAAGCAAACUAUCUUGUUUAGAAGCAAUUUUGAUUGAACAAAAGAAACUUCUUUUUGAACAAAAGAAGACCAACAAACUGUUGUCUGAAAUUUUGCGCCCAAUAGAAAAAGAAUCUGUAAAUAAUGAUAAUGCCGUGUAUACUGGUUUUGAUGCCGAAUUUAAAUUGCACGACAUUCAAAAACGAGAACCAUGUAGCUUUGCAAGAAAAUUUAUUUUGUUGCGAUUCGGAAAGGAGUUUACUUGCACGCGUAUUUGUGAACCAAACGGACCUACUGCACGCAUUCAUAUGGAGAAUGAAGAAAUUCAGGAAGUUAAAGGUGCACUUGACAAAGUGUUUACGUCUUACAACUGGCGUGUUGUUCGGGCGAGUAUUAAUCAAUUUUUCCGAGACAAUAAAAGUAGUACAAAAGUUUGAAGACUAAACAAAUGAGUGACAUUUUUCUCGUGGUGUGGGGUUGUCAGCGUUUUUCGCUUAUCCCCCCCCCCCCCCCCAUUCUAUCUGUAAUGUGUUUUGUAUGUUUUGUGUGUUAAAUAAAUACACCAUCUUAUUUAUUCUAAA